UUUGGGGGAACGGUUUUUAAGCAACCUACGCUACUAUGUACUGUAUUAAAAUGAACUGAUGCGGUUAACUGGCUUUCAGAUGCCCCUAUCACUACUACCACCAGUAUAUCCAUCAAAAUCACGAGACUCCUUAAACUUAAGUACAGAAAUUCAUCAGCCUCCUAAAUCAGGAGAAAAGAUUAGUAGUGCUGCUAGUGAAGCUGCUUUACAUAGAUGCAGAUUAUAUGAAUUGCGCCAGACGUUCUUGGGGAUCUCUACUUCAAAAGACCCUUGUCCGCAUUGUCAGACAGGAAUCUCUACGUGUACAUAUGUGAGCACAGAUAAUCACUCUUUUUAUACCAGCCCCGUGGGUAGUUUAGGGUGCACUGUUUUAAAUUCAGCAAGGUUUGACCGUGGUCCUUCCAUUUAUGUAAGUACCCCUGAUAUUGAUUGUCUUUCUUCUGCCACUGAAUCAGACAAACUUCGUGAAUCUGUAAAUACGUACCAUAAAACUACUCAGAAGCAGCCUUCACUAAGCUAUUAUCCUAAUGUUGAAUACGAUCAACUUGAUACGGCUGAUCAACUUCCAAGUCCUAAUUAUUCAUCCUUUAUUUAUUCAAAUCCUCUUACAUCAUGUGAAAAAUAUGCGUCUAUAGAAUCUUCAUUGUCUGGGAAAUUUACAGCAAAGCCCAGUUUAUUUAUCAGUGAGGCUGGGUUUUGUCCUUUAACUCCAGAAGCCGUUCAUUUAUCCUCAAACGAGUUCGCAGAAAGUUCUAGUCCCUCAAAUUCGGACUGUUCUCAUGAAUAUUUUGCAUCCAAUGAGAAUCUAAACUGUCCGAAGUCCAAAAUUAAUAUUACUAGUUUGAAAGAUGUAACAUGGUUAUCUGAACAGUGUAAAAAGAGUGAGGAUAUCCAAAGUUUUUCGCAUCGAUUUAAUAGCAAAAGUUCGGAACCAAGGCACCGGUUUAAUAAAGGUAAAGGUGCAUGUGAUCAAUUGAACCCAAAUUUACAUCAUUCAACAACUAGUUGUUUACCUAUGUCAAACCCUUCAACUAAAGACACAAGAAAGUCAGACCGGGUUAACAGUUAUAAUUUUAAGACUAUCCAAUCACAUGGUUUACAUAGAGAUGAUACAAGUGAUUGUUCUGUGUCUAUAGAUAGAAUAAAUAAAUACGAUUUUCCUUACAAAAAGAAAUAUGCAUCUAUUUUGCCUGCUAAUCUCGAGCUUAGCACAACACAUUCACAUUGUGAUGACUCACAGCUUCGUUCAUCAACUAAGUCUGUGAUUGGUCGCUGUUUUUCGGUCUCACCCAACCAUCGGUUGUCACACUCAUUAUCUGUUUCUCGGGCCAAUCAAAGUAAUGCAAGGGUUGAUAUGAGUGAAAAAGUUUGCACAAUGGAUAACUCAAACAGCUUCACAAACGGACGUAUUUUUAACAAAUGUUCUUAUGAUGAUACACAAAAUCAUAUAACAUCGUCAAACCAACCUUCAUCGUGUUCUUCAGUGCCCUAUAAGACAGAUCAGAAAAGAAAAAGUUCUGAAUCACUUUCUUUGAGCGAUACUCAAGAUAUAAUGUAUUUAUAUUCAUAUGGACAUAAUAAUAGUGGUAAAUACAGGAAACAAACAAGUGGACAAAGUAAUCAACCGAAAAGCAAUUACAAUCAGAUGCGUGUCGACUCUAUACUAGAAAAGCAAGACAUAUCGAAAAAAUGUACUAAGCCAGUGUCAAGAAUUACUGCGGAAUGCGACGUCUUUCAGCGGAGUCUUGAACCUAAAAAUAUCCCCGCAGAACAAUCUAGAUCGCAUAGAAACCAGAAUAAAACCUCUUUAGAGAAUAGUAAUAUGAUUAGUGUUUCAAAUCAAAGCAGACAAUUAGCUUUGGCACAGGCACAUGCAUUAAAAUGUACUGACGAAGAUGUGAUUUCUUUUGGAACUAGUUUAUCAUCAUUGCCAUCCUCAGCGUUAUCGUCUUUUUGUCCAGGUGACACUUCUCUGCUUACUGCUCAUUCUCGUAACAUUGGUCGCUUGAAAGUGACUCUACCUGGUCUUGCAGUCAAUCAUUUGUCUAAUAGUCAUCACUCAUCCGACUGUUCAACGCGUGGUUCAAUAUCUUAUCAGUCUAAUAGUAAUCAUAAUCCAAAGUCACAAAACCCAAAUUUUAGAGGUACUGUCACAGGAGAUGUUUGUAAGCGACGCCAUGGGAGAUUGAAUACUGAAUCCUCUAAAAGUUGUAAAAACAGAAUAGAGAUAUCUGAAAGCUCUUCUAGUCAAUCGCUUUCUCCAUCGUAUGCCAAUGUAUUACUUCCUGCUCAGUCAUUUGAUUUGUCAUCGGGAUUUCCUUCUUCAGAUAAUCUGUCUACUAAUAGGAAUUUGGAUACCAUUAAUAAGCGCUCACCACGACCUUCAUCAGACCAUUCAAGAACCUAUAAAAAAACUCAGGAUUCGGAGAGAAAAAGUAUGUGUAAAAGUAAUUCUCGACAUAAUUUCAAGCCUGUAAAUAAGGAAUCUCAAAUCCACAAUCUCGUUCCUUCAAAAGUCUGUCGUGUUGGUCAAUACAUAUCUGGGUCUUCUUCACUAUUAUCUGUAAGUAAUCCGGAUGACAUAAAUGAUCCUGAAAAGUCUCCUGUAUAUGUAAGUAAGGAUACACGAGAAUAUGACUAUAUUAGAAAAGACCAUAGAAAAAUCUCAAAGUUGGCUGCAAAAAUAUCUCAUUAUCUGGAAAAUGGUAGGGAGGCAGAGGUUAAAAACUUUGUGAAUAAAAUACUACGUAAACCCGAAUCAAGGCGCGUUGUUGAUGAAUUGAUACGUUUAUGUGGAAAUAAUCUUCACAAAGUUCUCAAUCUUAAUAAAAUGGAGACACUGGAGAAUUUGCAGAAAAAUUCAACUCCUUUGAUUCACCUUGGAGCUUCACUUUCUGACUUAAGGACGUCGUACACGCUUGAUUUCGUUCCGUACAUGAAUGUCGAUUCACAUAGACGAGGUAGUUGUGGAAGCGUACUGUCUUCGCCUUGGAAUAUCACCUCUUACGAUCGUUCUUGGGCUCCUGCGUCACAUAAUCGGUCUACUCUUGGGUGUCCCAAUAAAUUAUCACCGUUUCACAGAAAACGUACUUCCUUAUACUCACCUAAUACUAUUCGUUACAUUAAGUGGCCUUCUAGUGGAUGUAUUCGAAGCAAACCACCUUCACUGCCACCGCCACCACCUCCUGUACCUCCAGUUUUGCUUAAAACAACAAUUUUACCACCGGAUGAUCGAAUUCGUGUUAUAGAUAUGCAUGCAAUUGAAGUUACUAAUCGCGUUCAUAUGACAUUCUCUGAACUGAUUUCUGAUCUGACCACUGGUAUAGAUAACGAAGUUGAAGUUAUACGUUCCCUUUAUCGAUGGACUACUGGUAAGGAUACCAGAUAUGAAGAUUAUGAUCCAGAAGCUCCAUGUGAUUCAUUGAUUGGGAUGUUGAGACAGAUGAAAUAUAAUCAGUUAUCGCGUAAUGAAUUAUUUUAUGAACUAUGCCGGUAUGCUGGAUUACAAUGUCAAUAUAUAACUGGUUAUUCUAAAGGUGCUGGAUAUCGUCCAGGCAUGCCAAUUAAAGAUAAUCAACUUUUUCGUAAUACUUGGCUUGCAGUGUACAUUUGUGAUGGUUGGCGUUUUGUAAAUUGUAAUUGGGGUGCUCGGUAUUUAUCGGAAAAUUUACCAGACGGUCGUUCGUCUUCAUCUGAAUGUGAUGAGUUUUAUUUUCUAACUGAUCCAGAACAACAUGUUUUUGAGAAUUUACCUGAUUUAAAAGUAUGGCAGCUAUUACGCAAACCAUUGAGUAUGGAUCGAUUCUGUCACUUACCACUACUUAAAUCGCCAUUUUUCAAUGCUAAUCUGUUUUUGAAAAAGAAUUAUUCCGAUUGUUUAGUUACCAAAAAUGGACAGGUGAGUGUAAAAAUAAAAAUGUCGAGAUUUGUUGGCAUUUCCUGCAGCUUAGAAAACUGUGCCGAUCAUAGUAUUCUGUUAGGGUUAUGCUUAGUCGAAAUCCUGUUACGACCACCAGGUACUGUACGCAUUGAAGCUGCUCCAUCACAACCAGGAAAGUAUUAUUUGAACGUUUAUGUUUCACCUGAUUGGCGGCGUGAAGACAUCAGGGAAUUGGCAUGUUCAUUUCAGUUUCCUAGAAUCGUUCUUACAAAAGGAAUUUAGAAAUAAACGUAAGUCUAUUUUUCUCUUAAAUUAGUAGUGCCUGUGUUGUUGAUCUGAGUGCUAUUUUACCCAUUAACAAAACUUUUGUUUGUAUAUAAUUACCUGUCUAACUUAACUAGUUUGCAGUGUUAUAAGGAUAUAGCAAACUAUUUCAGUCAUAACCGGUAUAUUUUCAUCUUUUAUGAUUAAUAAGUUAACAACUUUUUUCAGAUUUUUGUAAAUAUAGUUUUUUGUUAACGUUACUCAAGUGUACAUAGUUUUGAAAAUUUUCGCCAAACCUUGGCUUGAGUUUCUUUGUUUAAAAUCUUAAUGAUCAUGGUACCAUAUCACACCUUUAUUUUUUAUGACCUUUUGUUUUCUUCCACAGAUUCAUUGCUCAGAAUAUAAUUAUUCUCGUCUAGUUGUGACUGGUCGAUUGCCUGAAGUUGGCUUUCUUGGUCGUACACCUGCUUCAGAAGUGCAUGGCGUACUAAUGGUACCAGAAGGUGAUGCGUCAGAUGGUCGACCAUACAUUGUACACAAUGAUCCAAGACCUCUGAAAAUUCCUUUUGCCAUUGCUCCUGGUUUAAAGGUUAGGUCAAUCAGACAAUUUUCUUCCUUACUUAAUAUCAAAUAAUUAAGUAGUUUAAGUUCAAAUAAAUUAAAAAAACCCCCUGUGCCGUACUCAUUGUAGUCUUGAAUAAAUACAUCUUCACUGAUAUGAAAACUAGUGUAUAAAUUAAAAAUAUUAGAAAUGAAAAUUGAUUACUUAAUUUAAGUGCCAAUUUUGAAGAUUGAUGUUGAAUGUCAGUAGGAGGAAAGUUCAUAUCUCUCAGCUUUUAUAUACAGUAAUAGGGAUUCAUGUUAAGAAUGGUAUGUAGUCACUUGCUGUGCUACUUAUAACAUCAGCUUAAUUACUCUACUCGUUACGUAUUCGAUAAGCCACACAGAUUUCAACAUUCCCAAAUCUUAAAUGAGAACAACCGAAGCCAAUCAUAUAGUCACAUAUAAUUUCACCUUUUUGUUAAUAACAAAACUACACUGUAUCAUAACGUUUCAAUUUUAGUUCAUAAUUAAAACAUUUUUGAUACAAAGGUGUUUAUUAUAUCCAGAGCAUCUUGUCAACAGUCUUCAGCCAUAAAGUGAUGUAAUAGUAAAGUAAUAUGUGCUUGCAUUUUGGAUGAAGUAUGUUGACCACCAAAUGAUCAGUAAUGUACUCGAUCCCAUCUACUUCAUGACUUACUGAAACUCCAAUGACGUGUACGGAUUUAUGAAUUUGACGGUAUGUGAAAGACACGGAUUAUAUUCAGUGUAGUUAUGUUUAUGAUCUUUGAUUCAACGUUGUCGAGAGGCUUAUUAUAUUACAAAUUUCCCCUAAAGAGGUUAGCAAUGUUUUGCGUGAUUUAUAAUUCGGAUUAAAGUACAGUUUCUUUAAGCAUCUUAACUUGUUACGGCAUUUAAGUAGUAUGACCUAAUUUUCUUGUAUGCUUUCAUGGAUGCUGUAAGUUCCAAUUUAGAACUAUUGAUUUGAUAAAAUAUAUCUCUUGCAUAUGUGAGACUAUUUCUCGAUAUGAAUAUCGUAUCAGGGUUCUCAGGAUUACCUAUAUACUAAAAUCAAUAUAAGCUGGUCGUAAUUAACCAAACUUGUGGGGUUUUAGCGUGGAAUCGAAGCUUCUGUAAAUUUUCUAUGGAGGCAGUAAAAUUUAAUGUUAUACCAAUAUCAGCUAAAUUUGUUCUUACUAUUAUUUUUGUAGCUAUGCCACCAAUUAAAAUCGUUUGAUCGACCAGGUCAUCAAAUGGCAGAUUGUGAUAGUUAUGCAUUGCUUCAAAUGAAACCAAACCAUCAUAGUAGUAUUACACAUUCAAAGCCAUUCAAAUCUCAGGCUAAUGCCUAUUAUAACGUUCGUCUACCUGUACAAGCAUUUUACUACUUGACUAUUUAUGCUUUUAAUGAAAAUGAUAUUGUCAAAGAUCAUCUAGACUGUGUGUAUCGUAUUUUAAUUGAUGCACGUAACUGUCGUUCUUCUGAGUUAAUUCAGGCUUAUCCGCGUCAAACAUUUUGGUGGGUUCAGUGUCGAUUAAUUGAACCUAAAUAUCAGCAUUUAUUCAUUAAUCGAAAUUAUAAAUUCUGUCUAGACGCUCCUCAAUGUGAUUCUGUAGCUGUUGUAAUCAAUGGAUCGGAAUGGCACUUCCUUACUCCAUCUUCACCAAUAUCACCAUCUAAACUCCAUUCACCAUCUGGCAGUAAUCAUCAUGGUCGUUGGAGUGGUAAAGUUUAUACUGGCAAAUGCUUGGGACAGUUAUCUGUGUUUGGACGUAUACCUCAUAUUAAUAAAUUUAAGGAGAUAAGUUUAGAAAAUGAAUGCAGAAUAAUUAAUGAUACCAUGCAUGGGGGUUAUAAUGGUAAUGACCAUGCAAAUAAUACUGAUACUACUACUACUACUACUACUAC